UUUCGAUGAAUUAUGUCCUAUAAUUAGCGAAAUAUUUUUUAAUUAGUGAUGGGACACACGGUGUCACUAUGGAGUAAGAGCGCUGUUUUGGGGGAUCCCCUAACCUUGAUCGAUAUUCUCGUUCAAUCGUUAAUCGUAUUAUUUCAUUAGUGUUAUCAUGCAUGUCUAGUGUGUACAAUGCUCUACAAUGUUUCAACCAAAUUAAUCUGUGAGCUUUAGCUGUAUCUAAGGAUUCAACUUCCUUCAUAUUUCUAACUUUACUGCAACAUGAUUUACCACUAUGUUAAUAUUUCAUUUGUGUAAUUGUUUUUCUUAUGUUCUCCCAAGCUUGCUGGGAUGUAGGUAAUUCGGGAUUUUAGAAUUUAGAAUUUUAGAAUGUACUAAUCAAAAUUUAUUGCAAAACUCAUGUUAUAUUACCCAAUUUAAGAAGGAUACUGAAAUACGUAUAGAGUAUGAAAUAUCUUCGUUUUGAACUAUGUUAUAUUAACAGAUAAAUUGAUGAAAUUUUACUUCGUAAAUUUCAGAAAUGUAUUUUUCGUAUUGUAUAUUCUUAAGUUUCGGUGAAUGUUAUAAUCUUUAUCUUCUUUUAAACAUUAGUUACACAGAUUUAAUAACUACUAUAUAUUAGAUGAAAAGCUGAAUAUUUAUAGAUGUCAUUUUCAUCCAAUAUGGGGAAAUACAAUUCAAAAAUGGAUCCACCGGAAGGUCGCUAUCCACCACAUACCAAAGAAUAUCAAGCACAUCCUACGUCUAGCAGUGCAAAAUAUAAAACAAAUGGCAAACACAUGAGGCCAAAUAAUCACAACGGAGGGGAAUGGGGAUCCGUCGAAUCCAAUGAUUACGAGCAUAUACAGGGCCAUGGUUAUUGUCCUGAGGAGAGCAGACACGAAAAACCAUCGCGACCACAUUACCAGGAAAAAGAAGAAAAUGAUCCAUUUAAAGACAUGCAAUUCGAUGAUGAAGAGCUUCGUAAAGAGGAGCUCAGGCACCAACAAAACUUGAAAGCAUUGGACCAAGAUUAUGAACGCAGAAUGAGGGCUCUUGAAACUGUUCGAAAGCGUAAAAUGGAGGAAACUCUAGAUGAGUACAACACGCAUCCUAAUUUUACAAAAAACAGGUCGGCGUUUGCAGAUUCGUACAACUUCAGCGGUUUUAAAAAUCGUGGACUGUGUAUGAUUGUUCAAAACUCAGAUCGAUAUGAAAAAAGUGCAGAAAUUCUGAAGGGCAUUUUUACGCAACUUGGGUAUGAAGUGAACAUGCAGAAAAAUUUGAAUGAAAUGAAAAUGUUGAAUUUACUACAGUAUGCGAGUUACCAAGAUUUCGGAGAUUAUGGAAGUUUUGUUUCUUUCAUUCUGGGAAAAGGCACAGAUAAGUAUGUGGAGACAGUCGACAAAAAGCCAGUUGAAAUCCGAACAAUUGUUGAUUUUUUCAAACCUACAGAGGUUCCAAGUCUUGCAGGAAAACCGAAACUCUUUUUCAUCCAGAAUGACAUCGACAUCUUGAAAGACAAAGGUCUUUGGAAAGAAAGUCAACAUGACAAACCAGUUGUAGAUUACAUGGACGCGUUUGUCGUUCGUUCUACUCACAGAGAUUUUAUGAAAAAUUUCACAACUAUCAUCAAGCAAGACAGCAGAAUGCCAUUGACCAGAAUAAUUGAUACUGUGUCGAGACACACCAUGCCACUGGCGAGCAAUAAAGAAAAGUACGAAGUGGUUUCAACUCUUUUGAAGGAGGUUUACUUCGGUCAGAACGAGUCGUCACUGUAGUUUAUUAUUAAAGACAUCCAUACUUACGGAGGCGAUUAUAUAGAUCUGUAAACAGUAUUUGAUUUAUUGCGAAGCUUUCUUUGUCACAAACCAUUUUGCAAUAGGGAUGUAGAUUAUAUUUGAAUAUUACCUCGACUUGUUAACUUUAAACAUAACAUUGAAAAUUAUAAAGUCCUAUAAUUAUAAACAAAUGAAAUCCUGCAAAUUGAUUGUUUCACGAACAGCAGUCGUCGCAUGUUUUUUAUCAACUUGUCUCUCUACUUUUGUAGUGUAACUUUUCUCUGACUCAAUGUGCUGUUUUGUUUAUGUAUAUUCGCAUUUCGGGAUUAUUGUCUGCUCUUUAUUCCGUGAUAGUUUAAUGUGAAAAGUACUUUCUGGUGAUAUUAGUUAUCCAUAUUUUAUUCAUAUGAAACAAGUAGUUAUUGAGUGUUCAUAUUUUUUAAAUAGCUAACAGCAACUGGCUUUCACUUUUAUGAACGCGUUGAAUUAUAACAUGUUCGAAGAUUUUUGUAAUUAGCCUAUAUGAGUAUAUGACAAAAACUAUAAAGCGGACUUGUCAAUCUUAUAUACUUGUUUGUAAUGUAAAUAUAUCUUGUGGAAGAAAUGUGUUCACUAAUAAAAGGCCUCUCGCA